AGCCUAGUCUAGUGUGACAGCUCCUCGCCCACCUGACAUUUCUUACUCACUCGGUCCACAUUGACGGCGGCUGUGAGAAGCUAGAGGCAACUCUGAAGUUAGCUAAGACCUGCUCUCCUCCCGACGACCUUCUACCAAGAAACUACAAUGCGUGAAUGCAUCUCCAUACACGUGGGCCAGGCUGGUGUCCAGAUGGGGAACACCUGCUGGGAGCUUUACUGUCUGGAACACGGCAUCCAGCCGGACGGACACAUGCCAAGCCAGCUGAACAAGCCCUCUGAAACCAAAGAUGAAUCCUUCACCACCUUCUUCAGUGAGACUGGGGCUGGAAAAUAUGUCCCCAGAGCCAUCUUUGUCGACCUGGAACCCACUGUUAUUGAUGAAGUACGUACAGGAACGUACCGUCAACUCUUCCACCCUGAGCAGCUGAUCUCAGGAAAGGAAGAUGCUGCCAACAACUACGCUCGUGGACACUACACCAUCGGCAAAGAGAUCAUUGACUCUGUCCUGGACCGAAUCCGCAAACUGGCAGACCAGUGUACUGGCCUCCAGGGGUUCCUGGUCUUCCACUCCUUUGGAGGAGGCACCGGCUCUGGUUUCACCUCCCUGUUGAUGGAGAGACUCUCUGUUGACUUUGGCAAGAAGUCCAAGCUUGAGUUCGCCAUCUACCCGGCCCCCCAGGUCUCCACAGCAGUAGUGGAGCCUUACAACUCCAUCCUGACCACCCACACCACCCUGGAGCACUCCGACUGUGCCUUCAUGGUGGACAACGAGGCCAUCUACGACAUCUGCCGCAGGAACCUGGACAUUGAACGCCCAUCCUACACCAACCUGAACAGGCUCAUCAGCCAGAUUGUGUCUUCAAUCACGGCCUCCCUUCGCUUCGAUGGAGCCCUGAAUGUGGACCUGACAGAGUUCCAGACCAACUUGGUGCCGUACCCUCGUAUCCACUUCCCUCUGGCCACCUACGCCCCGGUCAUCUCUGCAGAGAAAGCCUACCACGAGCAGCUCUCUGUUGCAGAGAUCACCAACGCCUGCUUCGAACCGGCCAAUCAGAUGGUGAAGUGUGACCCUCGUCACGGUAAAUACAUGGCCUGCUGUCUGCUGUAUCGUGGAGAUGUGGUGCCAAAAGAUGUAAAUGUUGCCAUCGCCUCCAUCAAGACCAAACGCAGCAUCCAGUUUGUGGACUGGUGCCCCACAGGCUUCAAGGUGGGCAUCAACUAUCAGCCUCCAACAGUGGUUCCUGGAGGAGACCUGGCCAAGGUGCAGAGGGCCGUGUGCAUGCUGAGCAACACCACGGCCAUCGCUGAGGCCUGGGCCCGUCUGGACCACAAGUUUGACCUCAUGUAUGCCAAGAGAGCCUUUGUCCACUGGUAUGUUGGAGAGGGGAUGGAGGAAGGAGAGUUCUCAGAGGCCAGGGAAGACAUGGCUGCCCUGGAGAAGGAUUACGAAGAGGUCGGGAUCGACUCUUUUGAAGAAGAUGAAGAAGGGGAGGAGUAUUAGACAGGCUGGGCUUUCAUUUGAGUGCCAACAGGAACUUAACUGUCUAUUUAUUCAACAGAUCAUGCUGAAAUAAUAGAUCAUAUUUAGCAUUUUAGUUUCAAUUCUAAAAUAUUUGUUUUUAUUUUCCUUUUUGAAUAAAAAAAUGUCUACCUACCAGCUGAGGUCUGGAGGUUGUAUCUUGUGCCAUCAGAUUUUAUGUCAGGUUAUUAUGGAUAAUUGAUUUGUUGGAUCAAAGAGACAAAAUAUUUCACAAUUACUUGAUUUUUCCAAGUUGGAGAACUGUUGUUGUUUAAUAAAACGUUCUUCAAUGAUUAUA